AUGGGGGUCAAGAUGAUCCAAGCGCCGGCGCUGUGGGCCAAUGACAUCAAGGGCGAAGGCAUUGUCGUGGCCAACAUCGACUCCGGCCAAGUGAAUUGCGUGCAAAGGGUGCAAGGGCACGUGCAAUCACGUAUGGUCGUCGAAUGCGCUCAAUUGCUUCUUUGUCCCCACGACAAAAAAAACUGCGACUCCAGCAAGGCCCCUCAUGUGAUCAACGGCAGCUUUGGCAAGCACCGCAGGGACUUUUGGUUGGAAGAUAUCAUUACAAUGUGGAGAGAAGCGGGAAUCAUUCCCGUGUUUGCGAAUGGCAACAACGGCCGUGAAGGCUGUGCGUAUUCAAGUUAUCCUGCUGCGUCCCCUCAAGUGAUUGCUGUCGGCUCCACUAACUCCAGCGAUUUUUUGGAGAUCGAUUCAAGUUUGGGACCUUCCGUGAGGAAGCGCAGCAAACCCGACAUUUCUGCUCCUGGUGUCCGAAUCCGUUCCGCAGCAAGCUUCUGUGACGAUGUUUUUUUGCCGAGAUCUGGCUCUAGCUACGCCGCGCCUCAUGUUGCUGGAGCCAUCGCCUUGUACUUGUCUGCCAACAAAGGCGCCUCGUACUACCAAGUGAACAACGCCCUGACCGAGAAUGUGGACACGGACACGUUAACUCCGCCCAACAAGACCUGCGGUGGCAUUCCCAACACGAAAUAUCCCAACAACCUCUUUGGCUACGGCCGCUUGAACAUCUUCAAGGCCAUGGCUCCUGGCAUCCCCGGCUUGACUCUUCCCCCGCCAACUAACUCCACCCAAGCCCUCAACCCGACCAUUGAGCUAACCACCUGUGGCAUCUUGGACGACAACACGCACUAUGUUGGCGGCGACUUCGCUUCGACCAAUCAGGUGACUGCUGAAUCCUGCUGCGCUGAAUGUAAAAAGACACCGGGAUGCAAACUGUUUGUGUGGUAUACCCUCGAGGGUGGCAUGUGCCGGCUCAAAGGCACCCAAGGCCAAAAGGUGGCUGUGGAAGGAGCCAAGGCUGGCAGUGCUACCAGCCCCAGCCUUGGCACGACCGCCGUAGUUUUAGACCAGCUAUUUCCAUCGUCAACAAACUCACCCACAAUAGUUUGA